CGAUAGAGCGCACCAAUCGACGAGUCAUAUAGGGAUCAAGGUCCAAUCGUACGAUUAGUUUGAGGGAAAAGGCGGGACUUCCGGGAACUGUAGGCGCGUGUUCGUGGUUUAACUUGUGGUUAUAACUGGUUUUCAAGCGUUGCAGUUGAUAUUCUAACUCCUAGCCAUGUCUAGUCAGGAGCUGCGCCUAAACCACACCAUUUACAUCAACAAUCUGAAUGAGAAAAUCAAAAAAGAUGAACUGAAGAAGUCGCUUUAUGCUAUUUUCUCACAGUUUGGCCAGAUACUGGAUAUCCUCGUUGCCCGGACAGUCAAAAUGAGGGGUCAGGCCUUUGUAAUCUUCAAAGAGGUCAACAGUGCCUCCAACGCUCUGAGAUCUAUGCAGGGCUUUCCUUUUUAUGAUAAACCCAUGCGCAUUCAGUAUGCCAAACAAGACUCGGACAUUAUUGCCAAGAUGAAGGGCACGUAUGUGGAGCGGGAUCGCAAGAAGGAGAAGAAGAAGCCUAAAACUACUGAGUCAGGAGGGUCGAAGAAGGGUGCCGGUGCUGCUGGCAUGGCUGGAGUUCCUGCUGCUAUGCCUGGAAUGCCUCCUAUGAGUCAAGCUCCUCGUAUGAUGCCAAUGCCAGGUCAGCCUCCGUACAUGCCGCCUCCUGGUAUGAUGCCACCCCCAGGUAUGGGCCCUGGCCAGAUGCCACCAGGUGCCAUGCCUCCAGGUCAGAUGAUGCCUGGGCAAAUGCCAGGACAGAUGCCUCAGCAGGUCUCGGAGAACCCGCCUAAUCACAUCCUGUUCCUCACCAACCUGCCAGAGGAGACCAACGAGCUCAUGCUGUCCAUGCUGUUUAAUCAGUUCCCGGGGUUCAAAGAGGUGCGUCUUGUCCCGGGUCGUCACGACAUCGCCUUUGUGGAGUUUGACAAUGAAGUGCAGGCCGGUGCAGCCAGGGAAGCGUUACAGGGCUUCAAGAUUACACAGACUAACGCAAUGAAGAUCUCGUUUGCCAAGAAAUAACCAAACAACCUCCCAUGAAGCGUGCAUUUCCACAGGAAAAUGUAUACAAGGGUGUAGAUCCUUUUAAACAGUUAUCUGUGAGGGGAAGAUCAGACACCAUCUACUGUGUACCUGGAUCUGUGGUCAGGAGGUACAUCUGGUAAUGUAUGAUGGAGGAUUUUUGUUCUGGGGUUUUUUUUUUUGUUUUUUUUUUAAUCUCUCCUGAAGAGGAUGAACCUGGAGAUUGUAAGUAGGGUUUUUUUUUUGUUUUUUUUUUUUUUGUUUUUUUUUUUAAAUACUUGACUUUAGUGUUGAAAAGCAUUGCACCCAGGGUCUGGUCACCCAGACAUUGUACCUGGAGCUUUCCUGCUUAAAUAAAAAUCAAUUUUUUUUAAACAAAUGCUUAAAAUAUGCUGUGUUUUUUUUUUUUUUUUUUUUUUUUUUUUUUUUUUUUUUUUUCUCCCCUUAAAUAUAUCUCUAAGUUCGCAUUCCAAAUAAAACAUGAAAUGGGAAAAAUGAAAGACACAUUUUUAUUUAUUUAUUUUAUAUACAGUAGGGGGGGAGUAUUUGAUCCCCUGCUGAUUUUGUACAUUUGCCCACUGACAAAGAAAAGAUCAUUCUAUAAUUUUAAUGGUAGAUUUAUUUGAACAGUGAGAGACAGAAUAACAACAAAGAAAUCCAGAAAAACGCAUGUCAAAAAUGUUAUAAAUUGAUUUGCAUUUUAAUGAGGGAAAUAUGUAUUUGACCCCUCUGCAAAACAUGACUUAGUACUUGGUGGCAAAACCCUUGUUGGCAAUCACAGCGGUCAGACGUUUCUUGUAGUUGGCCACCAGGUUUGCACACAUCUCAGGAGGGAUUUUGUCCCACUCCUCUUUGCAGAUCUUCUCCAAGUCAUUAAGGUUUCGAGGCUGACGUUUGGCAACUUGAACCUUCAGCUCCUUCCACAGAUUUUCUAUGGGAUUAAGGUCUGGAGACUGGCUAGGCCACUCCAGGACCUUAAUGUGCUUCUUCUUGAGCCACUCCUUUGUUGCCUUGGCCGUGUGUUUUGGGUCAUUGUCAUGCUGGAAUACCCAUCCAUGACCCAUUUUCAAUGCCCUGGCUGAGGGAAGGAGGUUCUCACCCAAGAUUUGACGGUACAUGGCCCCGUCCAUCGUCCCUUUGAUGCAGUGAAGUUGUCCUGUUCCCUUAGCAGUAAACACCCCCAAAGCAUAAUGUUUCCACCUCCAUGUUUGACGGUGGGGAUGGUGUUCUUGGGGUCAUAGGCAGCAUUCCUCCUCCUCCAAACACGGCGAGUUGAGUUGAUGCCAAAGAGCUCCAUUUUGGUCACAUCUGACCACAACACUUUCACCCAGUUGUCCUCUGAAUCAUUCAGCUGUUCCUUGGCAAACUUCAGACUGGCAUGUAUAUGUGCUUUCUUGAGCAGGGGGACCUUGCGGGCACUGCAGGAUUUCAGUCCUUCACGGUGUAGUGUGUUACCAAUUAUUUUCUUGGUGACUAUGGUCCCAGCUGCCUUGAGAUCAUUGACAAGAUCCUCCCGUGUAGUUCUGGGCUGAUUCCUCACUGUUCUCAUGAUCAUUGCAACUCCACGAGGUGAGAUCUUGCAUGGAGCCCCAGGCCGAGGGAGAUUGACAGUUCUUUUGUGUUUCUUCCAUUUGCGAAUAAUUGCACCAACUGUUGUCACCUUCUCCCCAAGCUGCUUAUCAGUGGUCUUGUAGCCCAUUCCAGACUUGUGUAGGUCUACAAUCUUGUCCCUGACAUCCUUGGAGAGCUCUUUGGUCUUGGCCAUGGUGGAGAGUUUGGAAUCUGAUUGAUUGAUUGCUUCUGUGGACAGGUGUCUUUUAUACAGGUAACAAGCUGAGAUUAGGAGCACUCCCUUUAAGAGUGUGCUCCUAAUCUCAGCUCGUUACCUGUAUAAAAGACACCUGGGAGCCAGAAAUCUUUCUGAUUGAGAGGGGGUCAAAUACUUAUUUCCCUCAGUAAAAUGCAAAUCAGUUUAUAACAUUUUUGACAUGCGUUUUUGAUUUUUUUGUUGUU